AUGUCGUGCUCUGCAACCACCGAGUCCACCAUUGCUCCGGGAGAUGCGGACUACGACUUUGCCGUCUCAUUACAAGAUGUCGUGGACAAGUGCGUCAUCCAUCGUCGCCCCCCUGCCGCUCCUUUACCUCAUCUCAGCUGCCAUGCUAGGAUUGAUUGGUCGGACGUCAAGCGCAGGGAGCUUGGUGUCGUGUUCGACAACUUGCGAGUCGUUGGCCUUGGUACAUCGGCAGCUCAACAGCCCACCAUGGGUUCGAUCCUGAAUCCUGUCAACUGGCUCUCUGGGAUACAGCACAUCCGACAUCCAGCCACCCGGGACAUCGUCAAUGGUUUCGAGGGGGUCGUCAAGCCGGGAGAGAUGCUGCUGGUUCUAGGGCGCCCGGGCGCUGGGUGCAGCACGCUGCUGCGUACUCUCGCCAAUCAACGCGCAGACUUCCAUGCCGUCCUGGGAGACGUGCACUACGACUCGUUGACGCCACUUGACAUUUGGAGCCACUGCCGCGGAGAUGUGCAAUACUGUCCUGAGGACGACGUGCACUUCCCGACGCUCACGGUCGAGCAGACCCUGGCGUUCGCGGCACUCACACGCACGCCGAAUGCGCCAAGAGAGUCGAUGUCCAGGGAGAAGAACGUGCAGGUGAUGACCGAUGUGCUCAAGUCUGUCUUUGGCCUGCGGCACGUGAAGGACACCCUGGUGGGCGACGCCUCCAUCCGAGGAGUCUCCGGCGGCGAGAAAAAGCGUGUCUCGAUCAGCGAGACCCUUGCAACUCGGGGUCUCUUGACGUGCUGGGACAACUCCACGCGUGGGCUCGAUUCCUCGACCGCGCUCGAGUUCGUCCGCGCGCUGCGGCGGAUCACCGACCAGACGCGGCUGACGACCGUCGUGUCGAUCUACCAGGCCGGCGAGCCGCUGUACGAGCUGUUCGACAAGGUCUGCGUCAUAUACGAGGGCCGGAUGGCCUACUUCGGCCCGGCGAAUCGCGCACGGCAGUAUUUCGUCGACAUGAGAUACACGCCGGCGCACCGCCAAACCACCGCGGACUUCCUCGUUGCGGUCACGGACCCCAACGGGCGCACGCCACGCCCCGACUCUAUGCUCUCUGUGCCACGAUCGGCGGCCGAGUUCGCGGAGUAUUUCCGCCACUCGGAGUUUGCGGCCCUGAACCGUGCGGACAUGGCUGCGUACCGCACGGCGUGCGUCGGCAAGCCCGAGCGCGCGCGUGCGUACCUGGACAGCGUGCGUGCGGAGCACGUCGGCACCACGAGCUCGGGCAGUCCCUAUCUGCUCUCGAUCCCUGCGCAGGUGAAGACGCUCAUGGUCCGUCGAGUGCAGAUCAUGCGCGGCAACAUGACUGCGGUGUUCAUUGAGCUUGCGUCGUUCAUCAUCCUCGCGCUGAUUGUCGGGACGAUCUACCUGCGCAUGCGGAUGAACACCAGCACGUUCUUCUCGCGCGCGAGUGUGAUCUUCUUCGCGUACGUCUGGUCUGGGCUGUCCACCAUGGCUGAGAUCCCCACCCUGUUUGCACAACGGGCCAUUAUCCUGCGGCAAUACAAGGCGUCGAUGUACCACCCCUUUGUCGAGGCGCUCUCCCUUACGCUGGUAGAUAUACCCAUAACACUCGCUACGAUGAUGCUCUUCUCGGUAAUAUUGUACUUCCUUUCCGGCCUCCAAGAAUCAGCGGGACAGUUUUUCAUUUUCAUGCUUUUUGUUUGCCUUAUGACUAUCACGUUGAAAGCGUUCUUCCGGACUAUCACGGCUGCAUUCACGGACCCUGCGCCAGCGACUGCGGCCGCUGGUAUAUUCAUGCUUUUCUUGGUACUGUACACAGGCUACCCUAUUCCUCUGCCCUCGAUGAUCCGCGCGCUGCGGUGGAUCACGUACAUCAACCCGCUGAAGUACGGGUUUGAAGCGCUCAUGGUAAACGAGUUCUCGACGAUUGAGGCGGAGUGCGAGGAGCUCGUGCCCUCAGGUCUGGGCUACGAGAACAUCGCCCUGGCGCAUCAGGGCUGUGCUGUGGUGGGCUCGACCCCGGGCUCUGCCACUGUCUCGGGCACAGCGUAUGUGGAGCUGGCCUACGGUUUCGCGUACCGCCACCUGUGGCCGAACUUCGGUAUCCUGUGCAUGUUCUGUAUCAUCUUCAUCGUGAGCCUUGUCUUCCUGACGGAAAUCAACACCGGCACGAGCGAAGAGUCGUCGGUCGUCCUCUACAAGCAGGGGACGGCGCCGGAGGACAUCCGGCGCGCUUCUUCGGGCGACGAUGUUGAGAAGGCGGGGACGUACGAGGCCAAGUCUCCGUCUCCGACGGUCAGCGAGAUGAAGAAGCCGCGCGAGCCAUACGUGGACGGCGUUGUCAAGGGGAAUGUGUUCUCCUGGCACAGCCUGUGCUACUCGGUCCCCGUCGCGACUGGAUAUCGACAGCUCCUGGACAACGUCUCUGGGUACGUCGCGCCUGGCAAGCUGACCGCGCUGAUGGGCGAGUCCGGUGCUGGCAAGACAACGUUGCUGAACGUGCUGUCAAGUCGUGUCGCCCAGGGUGCUGUGAGCGGGGACCGUUUUAUGAACGGCCAGAACCUGCCAUUGGACUUCCAGGCGCAAACUGGCUACUGUCAGCAGAUGGACACACAUGUGGCAUCCGCGACCGUCCGCGAAGCCCUUCUCUUCUCUGCCAAGCUGCGCCAGCCUCAGUCGGUUCCUCUGGCCGAGAAGGAAGCCUAUGUUGAGAAGUGCUUACAGAUGUGUGGUCUCGAGGCGUAUGCCGAUGCUAUCGUGGGCACACUCGGCGUAGAACAGCGUAAACGCACCACAGUGGGCGUGGAGCUUGUCGCGAAGCCAUCCCUCAUCUUCCUCGAUGAGCCAACGUCUGGGCUUGACUCGCAGAGCGCCUGGGCGAUUGUGAGCUUCCUCCGAAAGCUUGCCGACAGCGGACAGUCCAUCGUGUGCACCAUCCACCAGCCUUCUGCUGAACUGUUCCAGGUCUUUGACAAGCUCCUUCUCCUCCGCAAGGGCGGCCAGACUGUAUAUUUCGGCGAUCUCGGCCCGCAGUCUUCCACCGUCAUCAACUACUUCGAGAGGAACGGCGCACGACCAUGCGAAAACACUGAGAACCCUGCGGAGUUCAUGCUCGAUGUCGUCGGUGCAGGCGCGACGGCGACGUCGGAGAUUGACUGGAGUGAUGCUUGGAAGCAGUCGCGCGAGGCAAUGGAGCUGCAGAAUGAGCUCGACAUGAUCUACGCACAGGGGCGUUCGCUACCACCCGUCAAAGAAGCGUUUCAGACCGAGUUCGCGACGUCGUGGUGGUACCAGCUGACUACACUGUUCCAGCGGGAUGCACGCAGUCUCUGGCGCGAUCCGACAUACCUCAUCGCAAAAAUGGCGGUCAACAUUCUGUGCGCGCUGAUCAUCGGCUUCACGUACUUCAAGUCGAAGAACACCGUGCAGGGGACCCAAAACCAGCUCUUCUCCAUCUACAUCUCGACGUUCCUCGCUGCACCGCUUGUCGAGCAACUGCAAGUGCCCUUCCUCGACAUGCGCAGCAUUUAUGAGAUCCGUGAACGGCACAGUCGUAUGUACCGUUGGUCUGCGCUCAUCACGUCGCAGCUACUGGUUGAGAUUCCAUGGAACAUCCUUGGCUCUACACUGUUUUUUGUCUGUUGGUACUGGACGGCUGGAUUCCCUACACAUCGCGCGGGAUACACGUACUUGCUAUUCGGCAUCAUCUAUCCUCUCUACUACACGUCAUUCGGCCAGGCAACCGCGGCAAUGGCAUCCAACGCAGAAAUCGCAGCGCUGAUUUUCAACGCGCUAUUCGCCAUCAUGAUUGUCUUCGACGGUGUCCUGCAACCAUUCCGCGAGCUAGGCAAGUGGACAUGGAUGAACCGUGUAUCACCAUCCACGUACUUCGUUGAGGGAUUCCUAGGUCAAGCUGUUGGCAGGUCGGAGAUUAAAUGCUCGUCUGUGGAGUUCGUCAAGAUCAACCCGCCUUCGGGGGAAACAUGCAUGCAGUACUUGUCACAAUACAUCACGCUCAACGGUGGGUAUCUGUCAAAUCCCAACGCCACCAACAUGUGCGAGUACUGCCAAUAUCGCACCACCGACGAGUUCCUCAAGGGCCGGAAUAUCUACUACUCGAAUCAUUGGAAGAACCUGAUCAUCUUCCUCGGGUUCACCGUUUUCAACGUCGUUGCGAUCUAUGUUUUGACUUAUUUCUGUCGGGUACGGUCAGGCUCCCUGACAGAGGGACUGCGGCGGCUUGUCUUGGCGCGUUGGCGAAAGCUGCCCAAUCGCCUAUGA